AUGACGUCCAGCAUUGUGACCACAACGAGCUCUACCACGUCAGGCAGUUCUUCAACGUCCAGUACCACUUCAACUACGAGUGGCGCAGACACGUCCAGCUCUACAUUGAGCACCGACACAAUCACGGGAGUAACAUACUCUGUUGUUACAAGCCCUACUUCAUGUUUCGCUCUGCCGACCCCCACAUCACUACUGAGUAAAAUCCCCUACGCCGAUGAUGCUGGAACUGGAUUGGAUGGUCCAAUUGACUUCUACUUCAACCCUGACAACUCACCAGCCGGUGUCCUUGGUGCCAGCGUGAAUGGUUCGUACUAUGCAUACGAUAUCUCAGACCCUUCGCAGCUUGUCAUCAUCCUGCCAGAAGGUGAGCUCGCGGUCAUAACGACCCAAGGAGUUACCAUCUAUGCGGCAGAUUGCAGCUCCGAACUUUCAGUUGAAAUUGACAACUUUAUCGACCAGAUCGAGCUCGCCAGCACUAACUCAACAGAUGUGAGCAAACGCCACCGUUCACGGAGGUCGUCUCAUCGCAUGGUCAGGCGAACGGAAACCAAUUUCGCGGCCGACAUUGCAUUGUUCGAUAUCUGUGGCAAUCCGGACACCAGUUCUCCGGUGGUUUCAGUGGGCCAGUCGCCCUGCGCUCUGAACGCAGCCAACGGGGGAGAUUAUCUGUUUACCUGCCAGUACCCCGGGGCCAACAGCGAUGAGGCAGCAUGCGAGGCAACGGUGUCAAAGGAUAUUGGCUAUAUAACGGGCGGCCCUUUGGGCACUUUGACCAAUCUUGAAGGUGCCGCAACAGUCCUAGCCAUCAUAUUCCGCAGACAAGCUCUUGCUGUGAUCGCUGCAAUCUUCGACGCACCUGCAGUGGCUGCUGGUGUGGGCGCACUUGCACUGGCACAGAUCAUCCUCAACACCGUUGGCGCCGACAACAUUGCAUCGACAAUAUGUGGCAUCAUGCACAAGGACGAGGCAUUCGUCAUCUCUGUGGAUUCUGGGGUUGAGAUCGAUAAUAUCGCCACCAUCACGGCGGCCCCCAUUAGCACGCUAUCUGCCACAAUCACUGUAUCUGCCAACACAGAUGCUUCUUCCACUUGCUCCACUUCUGCCACCAGCAGCCCGACUGGCAGCUGUGAAGGCGGUGCAACAUGCGGUGGAUACGUUGGCUGCGGUGACAACCCGGGCCUGGACAUUGGUGAAUGUUUCUGCGGUACAGACGCCGAUGGAAAUGGCAGCUGUUCUAUUUCUGUUGAAUGCGACGCCGCGACUGCAUGCUCUACCAAUGCUGACUGCGGCGGCGGGUCAUGCAUCAUCGACAAUUGCUGUGGAUUCCCGGUCUGUCAAAGUAUCUGCGGCAACGCUCCGGCACUUACAAAAAAGAACAGCCGUGGUUAUGCUAACGGCACUAUGUUUAGUCACGGGAUUUGGAUUAACGGAAGCUUCAUGCCGAACGUGGGCUAG